AAUUGGUUUGAUUGUCGUGCGAGAACCGAGAACGAGAAGUUUUUCUCGCUCCAGAAUACGCCUCGCUCCCAUAAUUCCCAGCCGGUAUCAAGAUGGACGAGCUGUAUGUCGAAGUCUUGGGCCCUCAUGGCGCCUAUUAUAAGGCAACUGUUAUUGAUAUGGUUGGAGAUGAGGUGACGGUGCGAUAUGAAGGAGAGUGGUGCCCGGAAACAAGGGUGGCGAUGACGGGGGUCAGACUUCCUCCCCCUCCAAGUCCGCUUCCCACAGAAUAUCCUGAAGGGGCAGAAGUAGAAGUUUAUGACCAACUAACAACAGCACCCUACAGAGCGUACUGGAAAGCUACCGUAAAAAUGUCUAAAGGAGAUUUUCAUGUCGUAGAGUUUACUGGUGUGUCCUUAACAGGUGGUGAAAAUAUAUUCCCAUCUGAAAAAGUACGUCCUCGUAAUACAAAUCCUCCUAUCACCUCGAAGACAUUUACAAAAUUUGAAAUUGAAGUUCCAGAAGACAUCAGAGACUAUGCGCGAAUGGAGAGUGUUCAUAAGCCUUUCAAGAAAGCCUGUGGUGCAUCUAGUUGUGUAUAUAAUCCUGAAACUCACAGUUUGACGUUAUUAUCGCGUAAUGACCAGUGUCCAAAGUUAGCCAACAUGUUAGCUGAUAUGCAUUUUCGAAAUUUAAAACAAAAAGUAGUUCUUUUAUAUCGAACGGAGGAGGCAGCAAAGCAACUAGAAUCCACGCGACUUCAGACCACAGCAGGAUAUGUAGAGGAGUUUAGUGUGCGUGAAGAUCUAAUGGGUUUAGCUAUAGGUGCCCAUGGAGCUAACAUUCAGCAAGCGAGGAAGAUUGAAGGUGUCACUAAUAUAGAGCUUGAAGAAAACACUUGUGUUUUUAAAAUUUAUGGUGAAUCAGAAGAUGCUGUAAAAAAGGCCAGAGCAAUGUUAGAAUACAGUGAAGAAUCUGUACAAGUACCAAGAGUUUUAGUAGGAAAAGUAAUUGGAAAAAAUGGCCGUGUUAUACAAGAAAUGGUCGACAAGUCUGGAGUUGUUCGGGUGAAGAUAGAGGGUGACAAUGAACCAGAACCAACCACACCACGUGCCGAAGGCCAAGUUCCUUUUGUCUUUGUUGGCACUGUAGAAGCCAUUGCCAAUGCUAGUAUAUUAUUGGAAUAUCAUCUAGCUCAUUUAAAAGAAGUAGAACAACUAAGGCAAGAAAAACUUGAAAUAGACCAGAAAUUAAGAAAUAUGCAUUCUACAAAUAGUUUAGGGACAAACCAAGGCUAUCAACUUAGGAGAAAUGAUAGGAUGCAUCGGAGGGCUCCUCCGUCUACCCGCGAGCGCUACUCAAGUCCUGCCUUAAUAUGGGGUUAUAAUAGUGAUGUUGAAACUGGAGGUCGAGGACGGGGAAGAGGCGGUCCCCGUGGUCGUGGCCGAGGUGGAGGCAGAGGAAGUGACCGCUACAGUAACGACCGUUCAGGAACUGCACCUUGGUCUCGGCAAGGUACCCCAGACUGGGAUGAAGGCGAUGCCUCUUUGCCUCCUAGAACAGCACGACGUCAUAAUGAUGAUCGACGACGUGUGGCAGACGAAGAAGAAACUGUGCUAGAUGCUGCUGAAACUGGAAGUGUAGGCAGUCUUGAUCGAGAGUCUGUAACUAGCGAGGGCAAAAGGCGUCGGCGUCGACACCGAAAGUUCCGUCGUCGAGGAGGUGGAGGUGGAGGUGAAGGUGGUGAUGGAACCUCUGCUGAUGAAGGUUGGAGCACUUCUGCAAAUGAAAGUUGGGGAGGUGAUGAAGGCUGGGCUGCCUCAACAGGGGAAAACUGGGAGUCUCAACCUUCAGGGCGUAACAAUGUAGAACGCAAUGCUGGAGGGGAUCAAGGAGGCCGUCGAGGAGGUGGGCGGGGUCACCCUGACCGACCACCGAGUAGGGAAGGGACACUUCCACGUAGACGACCCCCACGACAUGAGGGCACUCCUGCUCGCCAGUCUCCAGGGCGCCGCCCCCCACAGCAGCCCCGUAGGUCUCAUCAACCAGCUGUGAAUGGCAACUAAAUGAUUUGAUGAUGGUAAGAGCUUAAGGGAUGGCCUCCCUACCAGUAUGUGAUGCUUGCAGUUAAACUGGUUAGGCCAGUUCCAUGUAUGCCUUACUACCAGUUCUGUAUUUAAGUACUCAAGCUCAGCUGCAGCUGGUGACAUGAAGGUUCUCCCUGAAAUAUUUCACCUCUCCUAUUGAUGACAACACCGUAUUUGUAGUCUUGCAUUGAUAUAUAACCAUUGAAGGUGACUUCCCCACUGUGAAACUUAUAAUAAAUGAUGUAAAACUAUCAUUAUGAUGGAACCUUAUGUUAUACUUGAUUGUAGAUUAUCACUGAAAUACUGUAACCUAACAAUGCUACUGAAGGACUUAUGACUACAGAAACUGAACAAAUGAUGAACAAAUAUUGUGGAUAUUUUUGUUUAAUCAUGAGUAAUGUUUUGUGAGUGCUGAUAAAAAUUUAACUAUAUUAGACUUAAAGUAUGCUUCAUUCAGAUGUUUAAGUUUUUUAAAAAGAAUAGCUCUCAAUAAAGCUUGAUUGCUUUAUUUUAUACAUAUCAGUAUUCAUUUUUGUUUUUAUUUACAUGCUUUGGAUUUGAUAUGAAAUACAGUGUUGAAGAAAUCCUCUUAAAUUUUCCUGAAAGUAUUGGAACUCUUAUGUGGUUAGGGAUAUUGAGAUUAUAUUUUUAGUUCUUGACUUGUUGGAAGUGGAAUUGGUUAUGUACAGUAAUUUUUAAGUUGAGGACAUUUUUGUAAGAAACAUAUUUUUUAUGUAUGUUCCUUACUGUUUUCUCAAAAAUGAUCUUCAUAUUCCUUUUAAAAAUGGUUUUGCUUGCAAGAAAUUAAAAUUAAAUUCUCAAAUUUACACAAGCUGUAUAACAGCUGUUUAUGAAUGGGCUUUUGAUAGGUGUAGAAAGGCUUGUAUCUUUUGGCAUUUUGAUUUUCUUUUAUAUUGUCCUUGGUAGGCAUCACUGCUUUAUCAUAGUUUUCAUAAUUUAUGUCCAAGUCCAUAAUCCAUGUGGUUAUUGAAUUAAAUUGACUUUAGUUAUAUAAGCACAUUAUUUUGUCUGGUUUUAAUAAGUAACAAGACCAUUGCAUACAACUGAUAAGGACAUUUGACACCAUGAAUAAUAACUUGUGAUUAUAUACGUAAAUGUGAUAUAAUGUUUCAAAACAGAGCUAGAAGAGCCACUGAACCUUAUGGGGUUUUACUCUCAAGAUAUGAAAUGUUUCACCACAAAGUGUAUUUAAGGUAAUGACCGGGCUGUACAGAAAAUGGCAUAAGUCAUGCUGCAGCUGAACCGUCUUGCCUCAGCUCUUUUGUGUAACUGUGAAUAAUUCAUACGUACUAACACUAUUCCUACGAACAAAUUUAACCUUAUUUUGUUCUGUGGACAGAGAUUUGUCAAUUAUGCCAAGUGUGUACCUCUAGUAUUGAGAUGUGGCAUGUAGUAAAAAUGCCCUCCAUAGAUGACUGCUGAAAUAAUUUCACCAUUAUACUUCUGUCCCAAUAAUUCAUGACAUUCACAGUGCUGUUAGUGACUUAGUGUAUCAGAAAUUUGAGUGUUGCAUGUCUUACACUGUAUUAAAUGGCUGUCUUUGCAAGUGACUCGUAAAGUCCAGCUCAUGUUGAGAAAAAUAACAAAUUUAAUGAUGAAAUCGUAUAUGUAUAUGAAUUAACUAAUUUUUUCAACCAAUGCUUUUUUGCAUCCCAUUUGAAAAUUCUUUCUAUAUUUACUACAUCAUCCUUGGUUUCAAUGACUUAUAUGACUUGCUCAUCACUCAAAUGGUAAUUUAUUGAAAUUUUAAAUAAUUUUGAGACAGUUAAUUUAUAUCUACCGAAUAUACCUAAUUGAAGCAUCUUUAAUUUUAUUAAUCAGAUUUCAUACAAAUAAAGGACAAUGAAAGCUAAAGCUUUCUCGUAAAGACUGCAGUCAUGUCGGUACAACAAUAGACAUAUACUACUAAACAGUGAAAUACCUUUCACAAGAGCUAUAAGCUUGUUGAGAAAGGCCUCCUGUAGUACUUCAUGUAAGUAGAGCUUCUCAAUCCGUACUUAGCUGAUCUUGAAGUGCACUUCAGAGGCAAGUUGACAAAACAUGAUAAGGACCACAUACACAAGUUAUUAAUUGUCCAUUUCAACGUAAAACCAGCCAAGUGUAUCACUUGAGCAGGGAAUUCCAGGCAUUUUUCAUCAUGGGAUUAUAUCCUUUAGAGCCUAAGUGUUCUAAUCUUUGCAGAACAUUGCUUCUAAUAACGGGACCUGCAAACCAUAUGUGCUGUUGGUUAUCCAUUACAGGAGGCUCAUAUUCUGAGUCAGCAUGGAAGAUGAUGUUGAAUACAAUAUAACUUAAUUUCUUAUUAACAGAAAACAUGUGUCAUCUGAGUAAUUUCUUGCGAUGUUCUUGAUACCACAUACUGCCUCAGGGUGUGAGCCAGCAAGUAGCAGAGAGCAGGUGUGGGUCAUACUUGAAGCUAGAUGCUCGACAGCUCUCCACAUGGCUUGUUCUUGCUACCACCCUCUUUGUAUCUGCUGCCUUUGGAAAUGAAAGUUAUUGCAGUAAAAUAAAUAUGUUUUGAUUCUUCA